GGGGAAACAGGCAUCAUUGAGUCGAACUAGUUCCCACCAUGAAAGUCGUACUUUUCUUAGCACUCGUAGGCUUCGCCGUAGCAGCGCCCUUCUACGGCGACUACUACCCUUACGGUCAAGUAGGCCCUCAGGGAUACGAACAACAGAGCCAAUACGUGCAGGAACUGCAGCAACUGGUCCAGCAGAUCGUACGACAACUCCGUCAGCAGCAACCCGAAGGUCCGUUCGGCGACGUCGCCCAGCAAAUCCAGCAAGCCGAGCACUUGUACCAAGCGUUGGAGCAGUUCCAGCAGCAAGUCUACGGAUACUACGGUGGCCAAUACAACCAAUAUAACGGAUACGGUCAAGGGCCGUACUCGCCGCAGUACGCUCCAUUCUACGGAAACUACUUCUACAAAGGUUUCUAUCCGUACGGGCAGUACCAGAGCGAGCAGUUCAAAGGUUUCGGCCAGUCUCCGUUCGCCAGGUUUUUCGGAUACUGGAAACAGGGCUACGGCCGGUACAACCCCCAGUACAUUCAGCAGCAAAUCUACGAAUUGCAACAGCAAAGUCAGCAAGUGUUCCAGCAACAGCAGGAGGUUUACCAACAACUCCAGUCGGUAGGCAACCAGCAAUCACCGAGAGGGCAAGCCUUGGUCCAGCAACAGGGUCAGCUGAUCCAGCAGCAGUUGAGCUACCAAUACCAGAUCCAGCAGCUGUACCGCCAGUUGCAGUACCAAGGGCCACAAUUCUCUUAUCCCGAGGGCGCGAAGUACGGACCUUUCGGGCCGAAUUUUGGCAAUAAUUACGGGAUAGCUUGAAAAUGUAAAUGCGUGAAAUUUAACUUGUAGUUUGUAGUCGAAUAUACUUGUAAAAGUUU